AUGCCGUCUGCGCGCCAACAGCGUGUUGCUUUCUUCCCAAAGGCUGACGCAGCUGUCCUGACGUCCAGACAUGCUGCCCCCGUCUUGGCCGACCGUCCUACCACGACCGCUCCUAUUCUUGACCCGGAGCAUGUCGAUAUUCCCCUUGAUGCCUGGACCCCAGAGGAAAUGCAGUCUGUGUAUCCAGACAAAACCGAUACAUGUGCCCUCUCGCCCAUUCCCGUCAAGGAGCAAUGUCCUCGUCGGUGCCAUGGCGAACGCUACCUCUUUCCUGUGCUAGCGCCGAAUGAGCGGCUGAGACUGACCAUGCUCUUCUACUAUACUCGUGGACUACUCGAGGAUCAAGAGCUCAUGUCUCGUUUGCAAGAAAAGGUCCUUCUCGCCCAUGAAACGGUAGGCUGGGAGUUUGUCAUUACUGGUCUUUUGAAUCACAACACCUAUACUCGUCUAGUCACGGUAAAUCUCCCGCUGGCAAUCUUGCCGCGCCGCGAAAGCACAUGUUCCCAUACUAUCAAUCAAACGCCAGAUAGCAUAUUCGCUUUGCACAAUAUGGUCAAUGACUGGCGGUUUGAAAAGUCACCCCACGUCGAAGUAGGAGGACUGCGAGCGUAUGCGGGCGUACCAUUGAAGUUCGAAACCGAGUUUGGCCAACACGUGGCUUUUGGUUCUCUCUGUGUCGCCUCAAACUCUCCCGAAGAGCUGCUUUCUCCAGUCGUGCAGCAGUCCUUGAUUCGUCUCGCGGAUGGCAUUGUUUCCGACAUAGUUCACAGCGCAAGGGCCAGACGUCAGAAAGAACGUAGGCGCAUGCUGGAGCUGAUCUGUGAUGCCCAGCGCCAUUGUGAUGAGCACGCCGAUAUGGAGCAAGAAAUUCCGAAGAUAGUCCAGGAAAUUUACCCAGGCAUGGAAGUGGUUAUCAGGAAAACGACGGAUGGCUGCAUCUCACUUGAGAGUGGUACAACUUUUUCCACCUGUGAGCUCGAACACGGUCUUUGGGAAGAUACGGAUUACUUCGAUUACGCCAUAGAGCAUCUGAAUCACCUAGACAUGACGGCGCCUCGUGCAGUACGUGCGAUUGCAGCUCAAUGCGCUAGCCAGACUGUGCCGACAUUUCUUGUUGUGGCUUGCAACGACUUGAAGAGAAUCUUCGACGACGUCGAUUCUUGGUUCUUGCAAGCGUGCGCUAUGGUUUUGUGCCGUUUCUGGCAAAAUCGUGCGCUUCAAGAGGCACUUGCAGUCAAGGAAUCCUUCCUCCGUGGCAUCACACAUCAACUCCGAACUCCGAUACACGGCAUUCUCGGCUCUGCUGAGCUCCUGACAGAAGUUCUCAAGACGCGAAACGCUACCCCUGCAUAUCCGCCAGCUACGAAACCUGAAACAGAGCAGUCAGAUCUUUGUACCUACGUUCAGACGAUCAAGACCUCGGCCAAGGAGCUCAUAUCAACUGUGAACAGUUUGAUAAAACUGAACCAGUGGGCGGAAAUUGCCCAAGCGGAGCGAGUCAUGGCGCUUCACAAGGUUUCUGACAUCGAGGCUGCCCUACUCCACGAGGUGUUGAUGGGGUUGCCCGAUGAUUUAUCCAUCCGGCCAUCUAUCAUGAUAUCACAUCGCUUUCCAAAGAGCUGCGACAUGCUGGUGAUUGAUAUUCGUGUUUUCCUAGACUGCAUCCAGCCGCUCGUGGCCCUUGCCGCCCAACAAUCUACUGGGGGAGUCGUAGCAGUGACUUUGACAGUGGAAGAGGAUUACCAAUCUCUCGCAGUCGACAUCUACUAUACCAAACUCGACGCGGUCAGGUCUCCCUCCGAAUCCAUGAAUGACAUUUAUACCAAGGAUGAAUUUACUACGGCUGAAUCUGCUUUAGGCUUAACUAUAGCGUGUAAGGCAGCAGCACUUCUCAACGGAGAGGUCGCAGUGUUGUCCUCAAAGCAUGAUUCAACCUCAUACUAUAGAACUACUUUCAACAACCCAAUCUGUGCAAGUUCUCUUUCACCACCUUUCCCGGUCAAGAAUGGGAUGACUCGACUCCCCCAGAAAUUCUACCGCCUCGCAUCUGAGUCGCCAAUGUCAUCGCUAGGGCAUCACUUCAGUCACUGGCUAUCGAAUACUGGCUGGCUGGAGUCCAAGGAAAAAAGUGAGAGUCUUGUGAUUGUGGACUACCACUCAGACCUCGUCCAGUUUUAUCGGCAAUUGGCGAGUGUCAGUACGGAGCAAGUCGUUAUUUGCCUUGUUCCUGAAAAUGCGACUUUCCUUGACUUCCAGAACAAACGAGUAAGACGGCAAGAAAAUGCCGUAUACAUUCAGGGGCCAUUCUUAACCGAGCAGUUGUUACAAGCAAUGGAGCUUGUAACGGCAAUUUUGGUCGAAUCCAGGCGGCCAAGUUUCAAACCCAGAGAAUAUUCGUUUUGCACGGUUGUUACCAAGCCUAAGCUUGUAUCGCCCCCUCAAGUUACCGCUGCUCAAACAGAAGAAUUAGUAAAGCAAGGCUCCAUAUUCCCCAAGAAGACGCAAACGCAGCUUGCAGAAUCGUUGCAAAGUUUAAGAUUACGAUCCAAGCCUUCGUUACCUGCCGGAAAACUGGUUACAAGUUCGAAUAAGCCCCGGGCCUUGCUUGUUGAUGACAACACGGUCAAUCUCCGCUUGCUACAAAUGUAUUGCGACCGUCGCGGUAUUCCAUAUCAAACAGCAAAAGAUGGGCUUCAAGCGGUCAGGAUCUUCUCCGAAGCAGUCAUCACCAGAUACGAUCCUCUACUGCAGCGAGACGUAUCUGCGACAGCGUUCGACCUGAUUCUCAUGGAUCUGCAGAUGCCAGAAUGCGAUGGAAUCGAUGCAACUCGGCAGAUCCGGCGAUUGGAGGAGGAGAACAAAUGGGAAAAGAGUGUCUUGUUCAUUGUCACAGGCCAAGAUUCUCCCACUGACCGCAAGAAUGCAGAGGAAGCUGGAGCUGAUGAGUUUUUGACGAAACCACUAGGGCCAAAAGUGCUCGAUCAAUGGGUUAAGAAAUGGUAUCCGGAAGCCGGGAUAUGA